AUGCCUGAUAGAUCACAUUUCUUUAACCCUACAAAUGCCCCACACUAUGAUCCCUUAAAGGAAAGAAAAACUGUAUUCAUUACUGGCGGAAACACAGGUAUAGGAUGGUACACUGCAUUGCACUUGUACUUGCACGGUUACAUCAUCUACAUGGCUGGUCGCACUGAACUGAAGAUGUUGAAAGCUUUUGAAGACAUCAAGGCAGAAGCACAAACAAGACUUGGUCAAAUGAAUGCAAAGGAGCAAUAUCCAGUAGGAGAGCUCCACUACAUUUACAUUGAUUUACUCGACUUGUUGACCGUGCCCAAGGCAGUUGACCAAUUCCUCGCAAAGGAAAGAAAAUUGGAUAUCCUAAUUGGAAAUGCCGGCAUAAUGGGCGUGCCAUACAAAAUCACAAAAGAUGGAUACGAGCUUCAAUACCAAGUAAAUUUUGUUGCUCAUUUCUUAUUGACGUUGAAAUUCAUUCCAACAUUAUUAUAUACUGCAAAAACAACACCCGAGCCGCCAAGAAUCAUUAUUCUCACAUCGAUUGGCCACAACUUUGCUCCCUUAAAACACUAUAAACCAGAACAAAACAUCAAACUAAAUUCGUUUCCCAAUGCACUAUUUACUUGGGUGAGAUACGGAUUGGCCAAAACUGCAGAUAUUCAAAUGAUUAAAGAAUUGAGCACAAAAUACCCACAAAUCCUUUCAAUAGCAGUGCACCCGGGAAUCAUUUUAGGAACAGAAUUGUACAAUCACUGGCGAAACAUCCCCGUGGUCAAGUACGCGGCAAACUGCGUGUUUGAUAUAAGUGAUAGAGUAAUGGGUGUCAGCAAUGAGGAAGGUAGCUUUGCCACGCUAAGAGCAGCAAUGGACCCCAAUUUAAAUAUAAAGGAAAACAGCGGCGAUUAUUUCGUUACUGGUGGCGUAGUAGACAAGCCUAGCAAAAAUGCAAGUAACUUGGAAUACGCAAAAGAAACAUGGGAUUGGAACGUUGAAGAAUUGAACAAACGUGGAUUUGAUGUUUAG